UACUAUGUCUUGAAUUCCAAAAGUGUACGGAAGUAGCAUGUACCCAUUGUGGGUGUAACAGAUGAUUACCUACAGUCAAGCAUAUCUGCGUUGGUGUAGCUAGUUUACAGAAAAAAAACGUUUGUAUUUCUACCGAUUACUGUGACGGCCAUACAUCCAGUCAAUUUGUUUACAGAUUUAUUUUCGCCAACAUCUUCGAAGAUAAAAUGGAGAGGGACUCAACUGGUACUGCAGAAAAGAUCCAGCCGGCUUCGUCUUUGAGGAACAGUAUUAAUGAAGACACAUGCGCAGCUAAUUCCCUUAGCUCCCAGGUUGAGAUCUGUGGUACAACUGAUGUCGCAAGGGCCAGGUGGACUCUACUGAGACAGGUGCUGCGUCAGAAGCAGCUGGACACUCCAGAGGUCAAACAGGUGUCUGUUCGCAGGUUCGCGACGUUUGACCUUUUCAGCAGAAAAAGGCUUCUGACCCAAGACCCUAGUGAUACCUCAGAUGACCAAUGGCUGGAGUACAGAAGUGUCUACUUUCCUGAGUACAGUGCCUUGCUCAGGGAUAACCUGGGGCCUAUCCGAGUUAAUGAAGUGCUCAACAGUUUUGACAACACUGGAAAUGUCUGUGUGUGGCCGUCUGAAGAGGUGAUGGCUCAUUACUGUCUGCAGAAACGUCACAUGUUCAUGGGUGCAGUGUGUGAGUUAGGAGGAGGUAUGACUUGUCUUGCUGGGCUCAUGGUUGCCAUUUGUGCUGACGUGAAGGAAGUUCUGCUAUCAGAUGGGAACGAGAAGUCUAUUCAGAAUGUACGAGGGCUGGCUGAGAGAAACAGGCAAGCUGGAAAGUUUGGGUCAACACAGGUAUCUGCCAGGGUGGUGAGGUGGGACUGUGAGUCAGACAUAACGGCACUUGAGGGUCACUUUGAUAUUGUCUUGUGUGCAGACUGUUUGUUUCUCGACCAGUACAGAGCCAGCCUGGUUGAUGCCAUAAGCAGAUUACUGCAACCCAACGGCACCGCGUUGGUGUUUGCUCCACUGCGAGGUGAAACUCUGAGACUCUUUUGUCAACUGGCCCAGCAGGCCGGACUCUGCGCCUCUCAACACCAGCAGUAUGAUGCUCAGGUCUGGGAUGUUCACUUAAAGAUGCUGACAGAGGGAAAAGAUGCAUACGAUGAGAACAUCCACUAUCCUCUCCUCAUCACCUUGACCAAAGCACCUCAACCUGUCAGCCACACUCAGUAAACCAAAACAAGUGAGCCCUCAGCUCUACACAGCACCACUCCACAUGCUUUUGGAAAUUUGAGAUGGAAUAAUGCUACAGAGUCAUGUCAACACUGUGAACCAUGGGUGAUCUAAAUGAGGAGUAAGAAUUGCACUGAAGCAGAAUUACAAUACAGUAAGGCCAUCAAUAUCAAGUGUUCAGUCACAGAUAUUUGAGACAUUUUUCUACUGGCCACAGAGGAUUUAUUAUCAGAUGAUGCAUGGCUUUGGACAGUAUUUAAGCAUGCAUGUUUUGUAGUUUGAAGUGUAGAAGAACGACCUCAUUUCCAAAGCAGUGGGGGAUAUGUUUAUUGUGGCAGAAGAGGAAAAAAAGGAGAGGCGGAUAUAGUCCGACCUAUGUUUUAAUCAAUCUUUCAAAUGCAAAAAAACUUCAGUCAGUCUCCAAAAUUGUCACUCGGUCAUUUAUACCUUUAAUCAAUUAGCCUCAUCUCUUUAGUUAAUCAGCCAUCCAGGAAAGUGAACCACAUUGCCAAACAGUCAUUUCGUCAGUCAGUCAAGUAACCAGUCUAUUUAAUUACCUAAUAUGGUAGUUACUAAGCCAGUAAUCCAGGCAUCAUUCCAUUCAACAAGCCAGUCAGUUGUUUAGUCAGUCAGUUACAUGGACAUUUCCUCCGUCAGUCCUAUAGUAGGUGUCAGUUGGCCCUAUUUAACCUGUCAGUGUUAACCUAUGCCACUGUGUUUCUGGCCCCAGCAUGGAGGCCAGCUCUAAUUCAUUAACCAUCACAGACUGUGGAGCGGCUCACAGUUUCCUUUGUGUUUCCUUUAUUUCUCUUUGUUCCCUUCUUCCCCCACUUUAAUUUCUUCUAAUACCACUCAUUCAUCCCAGUCAAAGGUCAAUAUUAAGAACUUCUUUUGUGCGUUACUUACAACAGUACAUUAACAUAUUAAGGCACGUUCAGACUCUGGAGUAAUUGUUGCUGCCCAGGAGCUACAGCUUGCAAAUUACACAGCAACAUCACCACCACGGAUACAAGUAGUCCAUACAUAAAAUAGUAGUGUGUGUGUGUGUGUGUGUGUGUGUGUGUGUGUGUGUGUGUGUGUGUGUGUGUGUGUGUGUGUGUGUGUGAGUGUGUGUGUGUGAGAGAGAGAGACAGAGAGAAUACAUGCACAUGUUGCAACGACUCCUACUACAUGCAGUUACUGACUACUGACCCGAAUACUGUGGAAUAGAUAAACAUAUGUAUGAUAUUCUGUACAGAGCAGAAUUUCUUUGCAUCUUUUUCCCCCUUACUUCUUUUUUUUUUAAAUGCAGACCUCUCAAUGGUCUUUUUCCCCUCAUGUCCACUGGCUCUGUGUCCGCAGCAUCAAAGUUCAUGCUUAACGGGUUGAAGUGCUACAUUAAAUUUUGAAUGUAUGCAAUGCCUAUAUUUUAUGUCUCCUGAUACAGCAAAAAACUUUCACACAUUUCAGAGUAAUUGCUUCUCCAUUUUGUUGGCAUUUUACUUAUCAGCACAAUUAACUGUUUUACUCAGGUCUUUUUCCAUGCAUUCAGCUCUUGUGGUAUUAAAGAAACGCCAAGUGUCAGUGGGCCGAUUGAGCCUGAAGUUGUACCUUUCACUAGUAAAGUGUUUUCAUAGUUCACUGUGAUCCAUUGCUGUACACAGCAGCCAAAAAGCUAUGCAGUAACUCCCAGUGGCUGCUGUUUGCAUUCCUCAUGGUAAAAGAAUAAUCCACCUUCAGAAAUGAGAGGUAUUCAGAAAUGUAAAUUAAGCCAGUUUCAUCAGUGGUCUGAAUGCUUUGAGGACGUAAAUUGCAUUGCAGAAACGUUCCCAUUGCAAAGGUUUAGAAGUGUGUUUAAUUACAUUUUUAUCUGUAAUGUAGUUUGUUGUAUACCUUUGAUAUUUGUGGGCUAACACAUAAAUACAAUCCCAACUGUGACUGUGUACAGGGACUUCAUCACUGCCUAUUUUGACAUCACCGCCACUAACAGUGAUGUCACUUUGCAACACAAUGCAUCGGGCACCACUGUUUACCACUGUUACCCAGCACUGCAUUGCUGCUUCUUGCAACAUCACUGCCUCUAUUAAAAGAAAAAAUCUUCACCUGGUGCACCCACGCUCUGCUGUGAUGUCACAUUUUUACAUAGUCAUGUCACUUCUAUUGAUAUUAGUGGACACUUCUCACUGUGACAUCAACAGACCGGAACCACUGAUAGUCAGUGGUAUUCAGUGACGGUCAUGUGCUGCAGCUGAGAAUUACCGUGGGCAAAUAUCAUAUAGGAAUGCUUUGUUUAUUAUUUUAAACAGAUUUAUGUCACAGUAUUGUGGGAUGUCUCAGCUAGGCUAUCAUUUUGAUUGUCAAACAGAAUUCUUAGAAUAGUUGGUCAUUUGCAGGCCAUGUCCGCACUACUUUAUUAAUAAUGUUUGGAUCUACUAUCUUCUAUCAACACCAAGCCUUUCUUUCUGCCACCACAAACACAACUUCAAGAAAAUUCUCCAAUUUGAAUAAAGUUAUAGCUGCUUCUGUAGCAUAAGAACACCAGACACUUAUCACAAUUAUCAUAUGUUUUAUAAUGGUUUGAUGCAAAAAAACGAUCUGUAUUUAUGAAUUAAAUAUUUUAAUUUAUCCACUUUAAUGUGGACAUGACUUCAUAGUAAGUUUCUCUGUGCAGUAUAUCAAAUUUGCGCUGAUUGACUGUAAUUAAUGAGUAAUAAAGGUUGUAUUUUGCAGACUAAGGGUGGGUGCUUUUGUGUGAAUGAAUAUCAAUAAAAAACAUUUUC